AUGGCGACCUCCACUGGUUCGUCCAUGGACAUGGACAUGAGCUCAGGCUCCUCCCUGAUGCCGAUGUCUGAUAUGGCCAUGACCUUCUUCACAUCUUACAAGACGCCCAUCUUUGCGGAUGACUGGACCCCGACCUCGAAGGGUACAUAUGCCGGCACCUGUAUCUUUAUCAUCGUGCUGGCGCUCAUCUUGCGCGUCUGCAUUGCCAUUCGACCGAUCUUAGAGGGGCGUCUGUGGACCGAUGGCGUUCGUCAUGGUACGGGACUCAUUGGAGAAACAGAGACCAAGCAUCUCUCUGGCGCUCAAACGAGUAUGGAAGAACUUGGAAGGAGAUGGUCGAGAUGGCGUGUCAACCCCGCCGCUAGUCGUGCGACGUUUGAGGUUCUGAUUGCUGGGAUUGCUUAUUUACUUAUUCUCAGCAUGUUGGCCAUCAUGACUAUGAAUGUUGGAUACUUUCUUUCUGUCCUUGCGGGUAUUUGGCUAGGCACUUUUAUCAUGGGCAGUGUUGCUUCGGAGAGCGGCUACAUGCACUGUUAA